UUUUUUUUCUUACAUAAUGGAUUUGUUCCGCAUGCUCGGUGGAGGCGCACGCUUCGAUAAGAAGCGGUUCAAGGACGACAUCGAGAUUUUUCAACCAAAAGCAGCCCCCACAGGAUUGAAUGCCGAUACUGAGGCUGCCCUUGCAACAGAACUUGAUUUUUUUAAAAAUAAUAAGAAAUCUAUUGUCAAAAAGGGAAAGAAGAGGAAAAAGGAGAAGAAGGAUACAAAGACCAAGAGCGAUAGUGAAAGCGAAGAUGAAAGUGCAGAGAGUAGUGGUGAAGACCAAACACAUGAAGGCGAUGAAUCAGAGGAUGAGAACAGCAACGACGAUAGCGAAGGCGACAAUGAUGAAGAUAGUGAGGAUAAUGAAGACCCAGAAGAAGGUUCAGAAGAAGAUAACAAUGAGGAAGAGUCGACAGAAUUUAAAGACAAGGAACAAUUGUCAUUGUUCCGGAAUCAUCUCAAGAUCAGAGUUUAUGGAACCGAUAUCCCCAACCCAUUCCGAUCAUUUGAUGAACUGGCAAAGCAAUAUCAAGUGGAGCCAUAUCUUCAACGGAAUAUUCUCGCCUCUGGAUUUAAAAAACCAACCCCUAUUCAAAUGCAGGCCAUCCCCGUCAUCCUUCACGGACGAGAUGUUAUGGCGAUGGCGCCUACAGGUUCAGGAAAGACGAUGGCAUUUGUAUUGCCGAUUUUGUAUGAUUUAAAGGGACCUGAAAAAGUUGGAUACAGAGCAGUCAUUAUCUCCCCCACCCGUGAAUUGGCCACUCAGAUCUUCAACCAAAUCAAGAAGUUGAGUGUUGGAAAGAAAUUCAAGAUUUGUAUGUUGACAAAAGCGACUGCAGCCACUCAGGGACAAGCGCCACAUCUCCGUCAGAAAUAUGACAUCCUCAUCAGUACCCCUCUCCGACUUGUCCAUGCUAUUCAACAGGAAAAGAUGGAGCUUGAUCAUGUUCGUCACUUGGUUCUGGAUGAAGCUGAUAAGCUGUUGGAACAAGGAUUUCUGGAACAGACGGACGAGAUCUUCGCAGCAUGUUCACACCCUUCUAUUCAAAAAUCCCUCUUCAGUGCCACUCUCCCCUCCGGUGUAGAGGCCCUCGCCAAUACCUUUAUGCGUUCACCCGUCCGGAUCGUCAUCGGCUCCAAAAACGCUGCGACCGAGACCAUUGAACAGAAAUUGAUCUACUGUGGUUCAGAGGAAGGCAAGCUGAUUGCGAUCCGUCAACAGAUCCAACGGGGGCUUAAACCACCUGUCCUGAUUUUCGUCCAGAGUAUUGAACGUGCAAAGGAAUUGUUUCAUGAGUUGAUUUAUGAUGGCAUCAAUGUGGAUGUGAUUCAUUCAGAACGAACAAAGGCUCAACGUGACAAGAUUGUUGAGGGUUUUCGGCAAGGAAAAGUCUGGGUGUUGAUUGCGACUGAGUUGAUGGCUCGUGGUGUGGAUUUCAAGGGUGUGAACCUGGUGAUCAAUUAUGAUUUCCCACAGACAGUUCAGUCCUAUAUUCAUCGGAUCGGUCGUACGGGUCGUGCAGGACGUAGUGGUGAGGCCAUCACGUACUUCACAAAUGAGGAUCAAACUUACUUGAAGAGUAUUGUGAACGUCAUGCGUGAAUCUGGAUGUGAGGUAGCAGACUGGAUGUUGGCUAUGAAGAAGCCAAGUAAAAACCAAAAGAAAAACCUGCGACAGAGGCCAUUAGGACGUAGUUCCAUUAACACGAUGUCAUCCUAUGACAAGAAGAAGAUUGCUCAUAAGCGGGAUAUGAUCGCCAAUAGCAAAAAGAGGAAGGUUGCUGCUAGUGAUAAUGCUGCAUCUACAUCUGCGCCUGGAGCAUAUGGUGGAUUCAAGAAAAGCAAGUCGGAUUCAUCUAAAGCAUAGAGAGAGGAG